AGGCUGCUGUUAUGUCUGUUAACCGCUCCGGAUUGAGGCUGCAGAUAAAGAAGCUUCCGCACAGCAGCUCUUCGGGGGAACAGAAAAUGUUGGAUAUACAUUUAGCGGAUGAUGAAUGUUAGUAAUCUGCCCACUUAAGUGUAUAGUAAUGUGAAUGUAUACAUAUUCAUGUAAUGUGUAUGUGUGUAUAUGUACACAACUAUAUGAAGAGACCGGAAGCAACAAGCAACACUUGAACCCCACACGAAGCCGUGUGACGCGGUGGCGUACGACGCAGCCACGUCAGUGACGUAGAAAUACGGGGCGCGCGGCGGUGGGUUUAAAGAGUCUCGGUUGGAAGGCAACACUGAACCUUUUACCAACACGGUAUCGUCUUGAUUCAAACCGGAGCAGAUGUCAGAACACAGCAUGCCGUUGCAGGAUCUGCCCUGCCUCAGCCCUCGGGGCUCCAUGUUGUCUCAGGCCAGGAGGAUGAACAAACGCAAGCCCAAAGGCUGUCUCGGUGAAGGCCUGGAGAUGGAAUGCACCCCAACAGAGCUCAUCCAGCAGUGGUCCCCUCUCCACAAGCACCAGCGGCUCACCAGCAAGGGAAAAGAGAACGAUGGCAACCAGUUUGUUCUUGCUAGGAGAUCGAGGAGGAAGAGAGAACCCACGUCAUCAGACGUGUCGUGGGACCACCUGCCCGACGAGCUCCUUCUCCGGAUCCUCUUCUACAUUCCUCUGAAGGACCUCCUGAGGAUGUCAACAGUUUGCCAGCGCUGGCGUAGAAUAGCGCUCGAUGAGUCUCUGUGGCACAGCGUGGACCUGGAGGGGUUGACCCACAUGGGUCCAGCUCUGCAGCAGGUGCUGAAGACUGGAGUCCGCAUGCUGCGCUGCCCUCGCUCCUUUGUGGAGGAGCUGCAAUUUACAGGCACAGGCCCUCUACAGAUAGUUGUGAUGGACCUGUCCAGCUCCAUCAUCCCCACCGCAUCACUGGAGAGCAUCAUGUGUCACUGCAGGCAGCUGGAGUAUCUGAGCCUGGAGGGUCUGAAGCUCUCAGACACCAUCAUCAGCUCUCUUUCCAAGAAUCCAAACAUGCUGCAGCUCAACCUGAGCGGCUGCUCUGGCUUCUCUGCUGCCGCUCUGGCUGACAUGCUCACGUCCUGCUGCAGCAUUAAGCAUUUGAACAUAGCAUGGUGCGACUUCAGCAAUGACCACGUCAAGAGUGUUGUUGGCAGUGUGAGCUCCGGACUGACUCACCUGAACCUGAGCGGAUACAGAGAGGGCCUCACGCUAGACGAUGUGAAGGUACUGGUGACGAGAUGCCCCCAUAUUCAAACACUAGAUUUAAGUGACAGCACCCUGCUGAUGGCAGACUGCUUCCCUGUCCUCAAACCGCUGAAAGAUCUGCUGCAUCUCUCCCUCAGUCGCUGCUAUCACAUUCACCUCGCUGCUCUCACGGACCUGGAUAAGACCUUCCCCAGGCUGAGCCUGCUGGAUGUGUUUGGCAUCGUGAACGGCAGCCACCUGUCCUCUCUGAAGAAAGAGAUGCCUCGUGUCAGCAUCAACUCCAGGCCCUUCUCCAGCAUUGCUCGGCCCACGCCGGCCUCCAGGCCCUUUGGACACUUCAUGUGGGACAGGAAGUGUCGACUGAGGGUCCAGCUGUAACCCGCCUGCCUGAAGUCCAGUUUGUUCCUGCUGCAGAGUGUUUGAUCCAGCCCGAGGAGUUUGUUGCUGCUACCAGAUGUUUUUAGUGUUAAAGGUUGCAUACCAGAGUGAGCCCGCUUGUAGAUGAAUGGUAUACUUCAUUUAGGGAGGUCACAUGGGAUUGUGGAGUCCACUUCUGUUUGGAAUGUGUUUGACAUUUUUAAUGGAUUUUUGAAUCUGUUAUAGGUUCUAAUAAUGUGUUAAUUUAAAAACGAUUGUAAGGGAAACAUGGUGUAAAGACUCAUUUAGCAAUGUCAGCGUAUUUGGGACUUUUGUAUAAUACUGACAAAUGUCUUAGUUAUAAUAAUGACGUACCACAUGAUUUUAAGGAGUAUAAAAUGAUGUAUUCAUGUUCCUGUUGGACAAACUGUACAUUUGUUAUGUAUGGAGGCUUUUAUGAUGAGCUCAGUCACUGUACAUGUGUUCAGUACUCAAUAUCACCAUUGAUAUGCUGUAUGAAUAUAUCAUUCAAAUGAAAGAUAAUAUUGAACUUUUUAAAUUGAGUCUUAACAAGUAAACCGCUGAAUACCCAGACUGUGCUUUGUGUGUGUGUCACCGCUUCAUCCAGUACACCAGUGAGCCUUGAAAGUUACAUUUUCAUUCCUAUUUCAAUGGUUUAAAGCUAGAGUUUCAUAAUAACCCAUAAAUGGUGACAUCCAUC